GGCCUGGUUGCCUGCUUGGGGGGCGCAGCCACCCCCCGCGCUGUGCGGUGGGGGUCCUGUCUCAGGGGUGCUGCCCCCAGGGGUGUCCUUCCGCAGCCGCUGUGCUCGGGGUGGGGUGCUUCCCCCCCCCCAAGCUGUGGGGGUCCCCAUUGCAUCGCCCUGUGCCACACGGCGUGACCGGAAGCCUCCUCCCUUCCCGUCUCUGGCGCUUUUGCCCCGUCAGCUCCGCCGUGCCCCACAGCCGCCCGCUCCGCCGUGGGGCACCCCACGCUGCCAGCCUGCCUGGGGGAAGGAGCUUUCCCUGUUCUGUGGGGCUCUGGGGCCGGCUGUGGGGCAGGGUUGGGGUGUCACCCAUCCUGCUGUGUCCCUCCCUAGAUGCUGAGCCAUGUCGGACGAGAAGCCCCCGCAGCUGGUGGACUACUUCGUGGUGGCUGGCCUGACCGACACGUCGCGGCCACUGGAGGAGGAGAGCCAGCAGCACCGCCCGGCGCGCCCCAGCGAGCCCAUCACCGACGUGGCCGUCAUCAUCCGCUCGCAGGGCGAGGAGGUGCCCCACGGCUUCACCUGCAUCGAGACCACCACCUCCGGCCACCCCGUCGACCUCAACGCCGGGCUGCUCAACAACCCCCAGAUGUUCAUAUGCUACAAGCGGGGUCGCGACAAGCCCCCCCUCAUCGAGCUGGGGGUGCACUACGAGGGCAAGGACCGCCCGAAGCCGGGCUAUAAGAUCCUGGACACGACGCCCUACAGCCGUUCAGCCAACCUCAAUUCGGGGGGGCCGGGACACCAACGCACCUUCCUGACGUACCGGCGGGCGGCUGAGCCCCACGGCCACAACACGCUGGGGGUCACCGACAUCUGCCUCGUCAUGCCCAGCAAGGGCGAGAGCACCCCGCACACCUUCUGCCGGGUGGACAAGAACCUCAACACCAGCAUGUGGGGCCCUGCCCUGUUCCUGUGCUACAAGAUUGCCAUGGCCAAGGCCAACACGCUGGUCUACGAAGCCGGCCUGCUGGGGCGUUAUCCCGAGCAGGACAGCGAGUCCUUCCCCCUGCCCGAAUCUGUGCCCGUCUUCUGCUUGCCCAUGGGGGCCACUAUCGAGAGCUGGCCGGCCGACACCAAGUACCCGCUGCCCGUCUUCUCCACCUUCGUGCUGACCGGUGCCUCGGGCGACAAGGUGUACGGGGCGGCCAUCCAGUUCCACGAGGCGUUCCCCCGGGAGCGGCUGUCGGAGAAGCAGAGCCUGCGCCUGGGGCUGCUGAGCGUGGUGGACCGACGGCCCGUGGCCGGCCGCUCGCUGCAGACCCGCAAGAGCAUCUGCGUCCUCUCCCACUGGCCCUUCUUCGAUGUCUUCCGCAAGUUCCUCAUGUUUAUCUACCGCUACUCCAUCUCGGGGCCCCACGUGCUGCCCCUUGAGACGCACAUCUCGCACUUCAUGCACAACGUCCCCUUCCCGUCCCCGCAGCGGCCGCGCAUCCUGGUCCAGAUGUCCCCAUAUGACAACCUGCUGCUGUGCCGCCCCGUGUCCUCCCCACUGCCGCUCAGCGGCGCCAGCUUCCUGACGCUGCUGCAGAACCUGGGCCCUGACAACGCGGUGGCACUGCUGGUGGCCGUGCUGACCGAGCAGAAGCUGCUCAUCCACUCCCUGCGCCCCGACGUCCUGACCAGCGUGGGCGAAGCCCUGGUGGCGAUGAUCUUCCCCCUGCGCUGGCAGUGCCCCUACAUCCCGCUGUGCCCGCUGGCGCUGGCUGACGUGCUGUGUGCCCCCGUGCCCUUCAUUGUAGGCAUCCACUCCAGCUACUUCGACCUCUACGAGCCCCCCAGGGACGUCAUCUUCGUCGACCUGGACACCAACACCAUCUUCCAGAGCGAGGAGCGCAAACUGCUGUCCCCCCGCUCCCUGCCGCGCCGGCCCUGCAAGGUGCUGCUGGCCUCGCUGCACAGCCUCUCCCAGCAGCUGGAUGAGAUGUACAGCGGGCCGGGGGAGGAGGCGUCGCUGGAGCUGCUGCUGAGCGAUGCGGAGGCGGCGCGGGGCCGGCGGGCGCAGCUGGAGCUGGAGGCGCGAGCGGCUUUCCUGCGCUUCAUGGCCUGCGCCCUGCGCGGCUACCGCUCCUUCCUGCGCCCCAUCGCCCCCGCGCCCGCCCCGGCCGGCCGCGACGCCGGCAGCCUCUUCGCCCUGCAGGGGUUCCUCAAGUCGCGGGAGCGGGCGUACCACCGGUUCUACGGGCAGCUGCUGCGCACCCAGCUCUUCACCCAGUUCAUCGAGGACUGCUCCUUCGCCAGCGACCGAGACCCCUGCCUCGAGUUUUUCGACACCUGUGUGGAUAAGGUGCAGGCGGAGCUGGAGAAGCCGGAGGACACCCCCCUGAUGGAGCUGGACGACCCGCGGGGCGGCGAACACACCGUCUUCAUCACCCCCCCCGAGCAGCCGGCGGGUCCUGAUGGCACCGAGCUGCCGGCACGAUACCGUUACGAUGGGUUCCCCAUGCUCCGCCCCGAGCUGCUGGAGCCCCCCCGGGACCCGCUGGUGGCCCAGCUGUGCCAGGCCAGGAGCAGUGCCCCCAGCAGCCCAGCCCCGCGCAGGACCAAGCAGGAGAUGAAGGUGGCCCAGCGCGUGGCCCAGAAGUACUCGUCGGUGCCCGACAUGUGGGCCAAGUGCCUGCUGGGGCAUUGCUACGGGCUCUGGUUCCUCUACCUGCCCACCCACGUCCGCGCCGCCCCCGCCAAGCUGCGGGCGCUCCAGCUGGCCUACGAGGUCCUGCGCAAGAUGGAAGCUCACAAAGUGGUGCUCCCGGAUGAGGUCUGCUACCGCAUCCUGAUGCAGCUCUGCGGGCAGUACGGGGAGCCCGUGCUGUCGGUGCGGGUGCUGCUGGAGAUGAAACGCGCCGGCAUCGUGCCCAACACCAUCACCUACGGCUACUACAACAAGGCGGUGCUGGAGAGCAAGUGGCCGGCGGGCACCCAGAGCGGGCGCCUGCGCUGGGCCAAGCUCCGCAACGUGGUGCUGGGGGCCGCCCAGUUUCGGCAACCCCUGCGGCAGCGGGAACGCCGGGCCGCCGCCACCGCCGCCCCCCCCAGGUGGGUGGGGAUGGGGGGGUGCGGGGGGGGGCAAGGAGGCCGCUGUGACCCUGCUGACAGCCCCCUCCCUCCCUCCCGCAGGUGGCCGAGCCCCCCCAGCCUCCGGACCCGCUGCCUCCCCGGCUGCGGGGUCCCCCUGGCUCGGCCGACGGGAGCCUGUCGGACAUCAGCUUUGCCACGGACGAGAGCGACCGGGCGGACGAGGGGCCGGUGGGCAGCGGGGGGCCGGUGGGGGGCACGCCGCGGCGGGGGCUGGCUGCCAAACUGCAGCAGCUGCUGUCCCCCGGCAAGCGGCCCCCGCUCCGGCCAGCCGCCAGCACCGAGCUCCCUGCCGGAACCCGCGACGCCGCCGACGCCGCCUGCCCGCGCCGGGGGUCCCGAGCAGCGGGAUGGGGAGCCCCUGCCGCGCCGCGGCCCCGCCGAGAGCCUGCUGCGCCCACGGGAGCGCCCCGAAUCCACCGCCUCCGAGAGCUCCGUCUCGCUGGGCAGCGAGCUGGACCUGUCCGACACCUCGGUGGGCAGCGCCGGCGUCCCCAAGUCCGAGCCACUGGCCGAUGGGGCCACCGGGCAGGAGCCGCCUGCCGUGGAGGUCCUGCUGUCCAGCUGCUCGCGGUGCCAGGGCUGCGGCGCGCUGGUGUACGACGAGGAGGUGAUGGCCGGCUGGACUUCCGACGACUCCAACCUCAACACCACCUGCCCCUUCUGCGGCCGCUCCUUCGUCCCCUUCCUCAGCAUCGAGAUCCAGGACUUCCAGCUGCCCCCCAGCACCGCUGAGGAUGGCUCCCUCCCUGCUCCGGCCGCGCAGGGACCGGUGCUCAGCGACCGCCGCCACUGCCUGGCGCUGGAUGAGGCCGAGCCGGAGCUCUGCAACGGCUGCCCCGACGCGGCGGUGCCGCAACGGUUGGAGCGGGUGGCUUUCGCCUACUUGAGCCCCUUGGUGCUGCGGAAAGAGCUGGAAAGUUUGGUGGAGAACGAAGGCGGGGAGUUCCUGGCGCAGCCGGAGCUGGUGGACAGCCACCCCAUCAUCUACUGGAACCUCGUCUGGUACUUCCAGCGCCUGGGGCUGCCCAGUAACCUCCCCCGUCUCCUCCUGGGCUCCCAGCACGUCGCCCCGGCCCCACAGGCGCAGCCCCCCGACUCCCCCUGCGUGCGCGUGCGGCUGCUCUGGGACGUCCUGACCCCCGAACCUGACAGCUGCCCCCCGCUUUACGUCCUCUGGAGGCUUCACAGUAACGUCCCCACGCGGCUGCGGUCAUGGCGGCCCCACGGCCACCCCUUCUCGCUGGCCUUCCUGGAGGCCGUGCUGAGCCAUGUGGGGCUGAGCGAGGUGCACAAGGCCAUCGCGCUCUUCCUCGAGACACUGGCAGCCCCCGGGGGACCCCGGCACCUGCAGAGGAGCAUCUACCGGGAAAUCCUCUUCCUCACGCUGGCGGCGCUGGGCAGGGACCACAUGGACAUCGCUGCCUUUGACAAGAAGUACAAGUCGGCCUACAACAAGCUGGCUGGGAGCCUGGGGAAGGAGGAGCUGCGGCGGCGGCGGGCGCAGCCCCCCAGCUCCAAAGCCAUCGACUGCCGCAAGAGCUUCGGGGCCACGCUCGAGUGCUAGAGGUGCCCCCCCCAGGAACGGGAGGGGGGUCCCAGGCCAGCCCCUCUGCUCCCCAGUCCAGGAGGGGGGGUCCCAGGCCAGCCCCUCUGCUCCCCAGCUCGGGAGGGGGGGGGUCCCAGGCCAGCCCCUCUGCUCCCCAGCUUGGGAGGGGGGUCCCAGGCCAGCCCACCCCCUCUGCUCCCCAGCUCGGGUGGGGGGGGGUCCCAGGCCAGCCCCUCUGCUCCCCAGUUCCUGGAUUGUGUGUGGGGGGAAGCCCCUGCAUCGCCCCUGGCUCACAAAGGGUUUUAUAUGUCAGUGUUAAUAUAUUUUUAUUUAUUUAUUGCCCCCCCUCCCCCCACCUCAGCACCCCCUCUUUGCUUGUGCUGGCAGCUGGGUGAGUGCCGGGACAGCUGGGGGGGGGGGGGGCUCUAUGUAUCGCCCCCUCCCCAUCCCCCACCACUGCCCCCCAUAUACCUGCACCUGGGGGUGGGGUGGUGUUGGGGGGUUAUGGGGGUGGGGGGGUUUGG